ACUAAGAGUGGGAAGAGAUGGCGCAGGCAGCACAGAGAGGAGAGGACCAUCCAAGGCACGGAAACCAAAGCCUCGGUCUACCCGUGGGCCUUGGUGGGCUGCGGAAGCAAAGACUGACGCAAGAAGGUUCUCGCUUGGCAGCUUGGCUGGAGCUAAGACUAAGACCCACCUUCCUGUGGAGUUGCGUGACACCUUCCUGUGCUAGAAGCAGAAUAAAUAAGCCUCUUGACUCACAGAACAUUCUGGAACACAUGAACAGUGGAAGAGCCCGUGGAGUAAAACUGAAAAUUGUUUCACUAGGAGUCUAAGUCACUCUGCUAUAAGACUUCUGUCCAAGAGAUCUGGGCAUCCGAGUGGAAGGUGUUUCACCACUGAGUAGAAAGAGGUGAAGCAUCUGAGACCUGGAGGCAGUGGGGAAAACACCCUUUCAAGUGCAUCAGCGAUCAAAGAAGGAUCAACACCACCACAUGGCUGCCAGCAUCAGUGAAACCACAGCAACAGAACUGCAGAGCCACAGGAAGGUACACUUUUAUAAGUGAGAUACAAUCCAUCCGCCUUGGGUCGGCUUGAGAGACAUAACAGGAAGUACUGAGUUUUUGUUUUUGUUUUUGUUUUUUGGCCACUGGGCAAGUAAGAGUUAUUGGUCCACAAGACUUUGAGGCAGCUCUUAGAGUGACCUGACCUGGGAUCCAUUCACUGGUGAGUUAUAAGUGUAGGAGUUCAUUCUGGUUUUUUUAAAUCCUAAAGCUGUGCAUAUCUGCACUACAAACUAAUUGGCAAACAUUUGAGGCAAUGGCACUGGCACUGUUAGAGGACUGGUGCAGGAUAAUGAGUCUGGAUGCUCAGAAAUCACUGCUGGUUAUGGGGAUACCAGUGGACUGUGAUGAGGCUGAGAUUCAGGAAGUUCUUCAGGAGACUUUAAAGUCUCUGGGCAGGUAUAGACUGCUUGGAAAAAUAUUCAGGAGGCAGGAUAAUGCCGAUGCUGUCUUGUUAGAACUUAUGGAAGAUGUUGAUAGCUCAGUGAUCCCUCAUGAGAUUCAGGGUAAGGGAGGUAUCUGGAAAGUGAUCUUCAAGACCCCUAACCAGGACACUGAAUUUCUUGAAAGACUGAAGCUCUUUCUAGAAAAAGAGGGACAGACAGUAUCAGGUAUGUUCCGAGCCCUUGGGCAUGAGGGCGUAUCUACAGCCAUGGUCCCCUGCAUAUCACCGGAGUUAUUGGCCCAUUUAGUGGGACAGGCAAUUGCUCACGCACCUCAUCCUCUUCUACCCAUGAGAUACCGGAAACUGAGAGUAUUCUCUGGGAACGCUGUUCCAGCCCCAGAGGAGGAGCCCUUUGAAAUCUGGUUGGAACAGACCACUGAGGUUGUCAAAGAGUGGCCUGUACCAGAGGCAGAAAAGAAAAGGUGGCUGAUGGAAAGUCUGCGUGGCCCUGCACUGGACCUCUUGCAUGUAGUGCUGGCAGACAAUCCGUCCAUAAGUGUGGGAGAGUGUUUGGAGGCAUUUAAACAGGUGUUUGGAAGCCUGGAGAGCCGCAGGACCUCACAGAUUAAAUAUCUGAAGACCUAUCAGGAGGAAGGGGAAAAAGUCUCAGCCUAUGUGUUACGGUUAGAAACCUUGCUCCGGAGAGCUGUGGAGAAACGUGCCAUUCCUAGAAAUAUUGCAGACCAGGUCCGUUUGGAACAAGUCAUGGCCGGGGCGAGCCUUAGUGCAAUCCUCUGGUGUAGGCUUAGGGAGCUGAGAGAGCAGGGACCACCUCCCAGCUUCCUUGAGUUGAUAAAGGUAAUACGGGAAGAAGAGGAGGAAGAGGCCUCUUUUGGAAAUGAGAACCACAAGGAGCCAGUUGCAGGGGAUGGCCAUGGCCAUUGGGAUGAUGAAGCAGACGACUGAGGACCAACUUGGAGCAGGACCCAUGGUGGGUGGGCCUAGGGCCAUCCCCUUUACUAGGCUAAGGCCUUCUCAUUACUUUUUUUCUUUUAAUGUAAUAAAUUGAAAUCAAGGCAUUUAAGCCAAGUCUUGAUUCUUCUUUCUAAGAAAAAAUAUAUAUGUAUCUGAGAGCUUCAUGGACCCUAUGUAAAUUAUUUUUUUGUUGUUUU